AUGGUCAUCAUCAUUGUCAGGAAAGGGAUGUUUCCCAGGAAAGUCCGCUUUCUGUGCUACCACCUCGUCCUGGUCCUGAGCCUGUUCCUCCUGUUCUCCCGGUGGCUGUCUUCCCCAUCACAGCACAUUCGCAAGGAGCUGGGAAUCUCCCCGGUGCCCGGUCGUGUCUUCCAGGUGAGGCCGGACUUGGAGUGUGACAGGGAGCCUCCCUUCCUCAUGCUUCUGGUAACGACGAGGCCGCAGGAGGUUUCGGAGCGAGGGGCCAUCCGGGAGACGUGGGGUGCAGAGAGGCGCCUCGGCGCCAGGCGCAUCUGCACAUUCUUCCUGCUCGGACAUGGGGGCGCGUACCAGGGGCAGAUCCAUCGGGAGAGCCAGUCCUACCGGGAUAUUCUCCAGGGAGACUUCACUGACACCUAUUACAAUUUAACGGAGAAGGUGUUACUGGGUCUGGAGUGGGUCCAUCGAUUCUGUCCCUCAGCCCGUUUUGUGAUGAAGACUGACUCGGACAUGUUUGUCAAUGUCUUCUACCUAAGCCAGCUGCUAGGAGGUAAGAACACCACGGGUUUCUUCAGUGGCCAGCUCAUGAGGGACAUUCGGCCCAUCAGGAACAAGGCCAACAAGUGGUACGUCAGCGAGGAAGAGUUUGCUCCCACCCUGUAUCCUCGCUACUGCUCAGGAACGGGCUAUGUCCUCUCUGGAGACCUGGCUGGGAAGAUCUGGGGCAUCUCCAAAUCCAUCCCGCUCCUCAAACUUGAAGACGUUUAUGUGGGCCUCUGCCUGACCAGACUGGCAGUCUCCCCGGUCCCGGUGAGCAGUAGACGGGUCUUUUUCACUCGCCAUGUCCCCUUCUCAGUUUGCCGCUAUCGCUCGCUCGUCACCUCGCACAGGGUGAGUCCGUCUCAGCUGCGUCUCUACUGGAAAUCCCUGGAAGAGGCUGAGGCAUCAGAGUGCCCUUUGACCCCUUAA